AAGAGGGGUAGUAUUGGAAAUAAGAACAUUGAGUAGAAGAAUUUUCGGUUUCUAUACAAAACCCGGUUUCGCUAUUACUCUUUGCAGUUUGCAACUACUUGACUUUGUGCAGCAGCAUAAUACAACAAUCAAAUCCACUUUCUUCUCUUUCAAUUUCAAGGUUGUUCAAGCCACUCGAGGAUUGCUUUGCAUACUUUUGGUAUUUGAAGAACUAGUCGCUAACAAAAUGAAGGGACGCGUAAGCUGGGAUGAGGCUAACAUUGGAGAAAUUGAGGCAAACAAACCUGUGAGGCAGAAAAUUACCGAGCCUAAGACUCCAUAUCAUCCUAUGAUUGAUGACGAUUGUUCUCUAUCCCCCGUUCGAGGAAGUUUUAAUUCAUAUAUUGAUGAUGAAAAUCGCACAACACAAGCUGAAGAAAUAUGGUCUGCACUGAAUGAUGUAGCCUCCAGUAGCAAAAGAGGCACUGGACAGUCUUUUGGUUGGACAUCAUCUGAGGAUGAGCCAGAAGCAAUGGAACAAGAUGAUGAUGAUGAUUCUGAAACAGAUAGGAGCAAAAAAUUUAGAAAGCACAGAAAGGCUCACUAUGAUGAAUAUCUUAAAGUCAAAGAGCAUCGACAGAAGGGUUCUCAUGUCGAGGACGAAACUGACGAGGAUGAUAAAUCUGAACCUAGCUGCAAGGGGGAGGAGAAAUCUGAAUCAUCUUCACUGAGUGAUAGUGUAAAAGAGAUGGACAUUGAGGGGAAAAAGUCUUCUACUCCUACAGCUAAUAGUUCUUAGAGAGUGAUCGACAAAUAAAAACUCACUUUCAUUUCAUUUAUUUUGCUGGUUGGAUAACAACUUAAUGAUUCACUGGUAUUGUUGUAUCAUAUAUGCCUAUUUUUAUUUUCCUUUUUCAUUACGUCUGUGGAUAGAAACACUUGCAUAAUCUGAUUUCGCCCUUAUACUCUCUACUAAAGACUCUGACAUAUUUUGGGGAAUUUGCUGGUGGCUUUUAUCAGUAAUUAAGGAUGGAUGAUUAAAGUGAGGAUAUAUACAUCCUGGAACCAUAUUAUGUUA